AAAACUUGGGACAUAACAUGCAAUUCCACCUCCCCGCUGCUACUCCUACGACCACCGACACAAUGGAAAAGGGGAAAAUCCAAAGGUGAACCAAAAUCAAAGUCCCCAAAUUCACAAAAUAAACUCGAAGAUCCAACCAUGGAUGACUUGAGAUACAAGUCAUAUAACGAUUCCAGAGGACAAGUCGAAAGGUACAGCUAUUCUAGUGAUUUUUGUAACGGUUACAGCGAACCCAGUUCAAACCCCAACCCAAAUGGGUUUCGAUGUUAUAGUGCUUCCUAUGCAUCGAAUAACACUCAGAUGGAGUUGUCCAAGGAAGUGAAGUUUAAGAAAGGUAAGUCCAGUAAUGGGUCAGUUUCUAAGAGCUGGAGUUUCAAUGAUCCAGAGUUGCAGAGGAAGAAGAGAGUGGCUAGUUAUAAGGUUUACACUGUUGAAGGAAAGGUUAAGGGAUCCAUAAAGAAGAGUUUUCGUUGGAUUAAAGAAAGGUGUACCAAAGUUGUCUAUGGCUGGACCUGAUCUAGAAUUUUCAAGUAUGUUAUAUAUAGAUUUCUUUCAAAUAAUAUACUCUACUGUAUUAUAUUGCUUUGAAUGAGUAAAAUUAUGUCUCAUUCUUCUUGAUGCAUUUCCAUUUCUGGUUGCCCAGAUUAGGAUUAAGUAAUACUUAUGUUAUAUUUCUUAUUGGAUUUAUUCAAGAGUUGUUACAUUAA